AUAUGAUGGCUAGGGGCACACGCAUGAGGAGAUAACGAUAUAAACGGCGGCGGAAGAGGCUCCGAAAAACAGUCGAGACUGGAGCGUCGCUGAGUUUGCACGAUCGAAAGCUGAGCAAGUCCACGGAAGUGAAUAUCCCGGAGUUAUCAUGUUGAAGUCGAUUAUCGUUUUUGCCACUAUCUUGGUGGCCGUGGCCUUGGCCAUGCAGCCAUUGGAGGACAAUGAGAGGAACCACCAUCUGAACCACAAGCGCCAGUUGUCGCAGCACCACCAGAAGCUCCAGGAGGUGAGGCAUUCGGCCCACGAUCACCUGAAACAUGGCAAGGAGCUGCUCCAGAGCGGCUUCCACGCAAAGGAGCACCUAGCCCAUGUAAAAUCCCACCACUCUCAGAGAAAGACCAGGCAGAGCCACAAGGAGCCGGGCCACCAAAAGAGCAACCACCAGAAGGAGCACCGUCCGCAGCAGGACAACCACUCCCGAAAAUCCCGAUCCCACUCGAAGGGCAGCAAGCAGCAUCACAAGCGGCACACGGGAUCGCGCCGCCACUAGGAUGGCCCAAGGAUGUGGCCAAGAUAUAUUCUAUUUAAACUCUAGCUUAUGUGUACAAUGCUCUCUCCGAACGCUGGAUUCCCGAUGCCAAAAUAAUGCGGAGCUUGAAGGAAGAGUCCACACGAAUCCGAAUACAGUAACCAUUCGUAUUUUGCAUGUUACAGACAGUAAACCCAAUCAAUUUAAAUAUAUACAAAUGUACUGUGACAUAAGCCAUGACCAAAUAAACUCACAUUUUAUAAAUAAUA